UGUGCUGAGUGGGGGUGGGGGGUGUUCCAGCCGUCCGUGGCGCCUCCCAGUCCUGAUCCCUGAAGGGCGAGAGGGUUUCGCGGAAAGCGUGGCCCGGUCCUUCGGUCCGUGGGCUCCGGAGCGCCAUUCAAUUCGAGCCCCGCUUCUCCCGUCCCCGUCUCUCCCGAGUGGUGCAGCCCAGCCCAGCCCAGCGCGGCGCCGCGCGGUCCCUGCACGUGGUCAGGGCGGUGCGCAGGUGGGGGCUGCCCACCCACAGCGGUCUCCCCUGCGUACCUCUCACGACCGCGCUCUUUUCCUCAACGCCUCCUCCCCCUCCACGAAGCAGGAUCCCUGCGGGGACCCUUCCCCCGCCCACUGGUAGCGGCAUCCCCGUGGUCCCACUCUUCCCUAUCCCGCUUCGUCGCCCCCUCGCCCGGCGGCUCUUCCCAGUAUGGCUUCCCGCCGGAGGAAGCGCGGUCCCCCGCAGCCGCCGGCAGACGAAGAUCCGGAACAGGCGGGGACCCCCCAGAAGCGGACCCGAGCCCAGGGAGAAGCCAGCCCGGAGGUCAGCGGCCCCCGCGUUGUCAUCGAGCACUGCAAGAGCUGACGGGUGUUUGGACGGAAUGCGGCGGCGGUGAGCGAGGCCCUGCGGGGGGCCCUGUCCCACCUCCCCGUGGACAUCAACCCCCGCCCGCCGCGCAGGAACAGCUUCGAAGUGUCGCUGGUGAAGGAGGACGGCAGCACUGUGGAGCUGUGGAGCGGCAUCGCGAAGGGCCCCCCCCGCAAGCUGAAGUUCCCUCAGCCAGAGGCCGUGGUGGAAGCGUUGAAGAGUAGCUUGGCGUAGAGGGGAAACCAGGUGAACAGGGAUGGGGACAGAAGGGGGACAGGGAUAGGAUAGGAACAAUGACCAGGACCACACACCACCCACCCUCU